AUGGAUGUUGAUAACUUGUUCACAUCAAUUGAUACUGCGUAUCCACAGAGAUCAAAUAGAAAUAUUGAACAUACAGCAGGUCGUGAAAUAGCCGGUGAACUGCAACUUGGUUUAGAUGUUGGGACUUCCUCCAAUGUCAUUAUUAAAAAUCCAGAUCCAAUUAUUCAGAAUAUGGAUGAAAGCUCCGAAAUCAAACGUUCACUUGUAGAACAGGAUUAA